CAUGUUUUAGCAGCCGCCAUGGCGGAUCUGUUUGGCGACGAAAGCGACUCUGAUGCUCAAAAUGAAUUGAAGCUAAAUGAAGACUAUGCCAAAAAAUAUAACCAGUGGAGAGAAAAAGAAGAACUUCAGAAGUUAAAAGACAAGUACGGAGAAGACGCGAUCCUGUCGUCUAGUUCUUCCGAAGAGUCAGAAGAUGAAGAUGCUGAGGAACUCACUUCGGAAGUGGAGAAAAAAUUCCUGGAGACGCUUAAUGCUCUCAAAAGCAAAGACCCCAAGAUAUACAGUAAAGACAUGGUUUUCUUCAAAGAUACCCCGGAAGCUGUUGCAGAAGCCACCAAGAAGAAACGAGAAAAAGAAGACAAGCCCAUGUACAUAAAAGACUAUGAGAGGAAGAUCAUCGUUGAAAAAGAAGGUGUGCUCUCUGAUGAGGAUGAUGACAAAGCUGGGCGCAACUACGGCACUUACGCUACGGCGGCAGAAGAGGAACAACUUAAGCAAAGCUUCAAAGCGGCGCUGAACAGCUCAGGCCAAGAGAACGAUGAUGAUGACGACAAUCUCCUCACGACAAGACAGAAAAGCAAGAGGGAACAGGAGGAGAAAGAGGAAGAAUACGUCCGCUGGCUCAAGGGAGAGGUGCAACGAGUCGGGAAAGAUGACGAUGCUCAGAAGCUGGGCUACUUGCACGACUACUGGAACUCCGGACAACUGGAGCAGUCCGAAAUGUUCCUUCGUGACUUCAUCUUGAAUAAGAGGUACCUGGAAAAAAGCGAGAAGGCGCCUGCGCUGGACGAGGACGACCUGAGUGAGGACGAAGCUACGCUUGAGCAACAGGACAACUUUGAGCACAAGUACAACUAUCGCUUUGAGGAGCCCGAUCAGGAGUUUAUAAAAAAGUAUCCGAGGACGCUGCAAGAUUCCAUGCGGCGGAAGAACGAGUCGAGGAAGGUGAAGCGGCAGGAGAUACGGGAACGCAAGCUGAAGGAGAAACAACAGAAGCGAGAGGAAAUUAACCGGUUGAAGGCCCUGAAGAGAAAAGAAAUCAAAGACAAGAUUGAGAAACUGAAGGAAAUCACCGGAAACGACCAGCUGGGUUUCGGGGAUGCAGACAUCGAAGCAGACUUCAAUCCUGAGGAGUAUGACCGUCGGAUGAAUGAUAUUUUCAACUCCGAAUAUUACAGUCAAGAAUGUGAAGAAGACAAACCAGAGGACCCAGAUGAUGAAGAUCUUCAGUUCGAAGACUGGGAUGACUGGGAGGUUGAAGAUGAGAAAGAGGGCAGUGGCUCCCAAGAAGGUGGUAAAGCAUCAGCGAAACGGCCUGUUACAUUGAAUGAAGCUGCGAGAAGGGUGGGCGGUGAUAACUACGACGAUCAAGGCCUCCAGCGGCACGGCAAGAAGUGGAAGAAGUCACACUUUGCACAGACUGUGUUGAAGAGGAAGCCAUUAUUCGAUCCUGCGGAGAAAUCAUUCGAGGAGUACUUUGACGAGUACUACAAGCUUGACUUUGAAGACAUCGUUGGUGGGAUGCCGACCAGGUUUCAUUAUCGAAAGGUGACGCCGAACGAUUUUGGACUCUCCGUGGAAGAGAUCCUUUCUGCCAACGAUAAGGAGUUGAACAGGUGGUGUUCUGUAAAGAGGGCGUGUCAGUACAGAACUGAACAUGAAGAACGGCAGGAUGUACAAAAUUUCCGAAGGCGUGCCAAGAACGUUGCACUGAAGAGAAAGAUUUUCACCAGCCUCUGUGAGCAGGACGAGGCAGACGACACGGCUGCACCCGAUACACUUGCGCCUUCCACAACUCCAAGUAAAGAAUCUGCAGCACAGAAACGGAAGAGAAGAAGAAUGAGACAGAAAAACGUAACAGAAAAUAUGAGCACCGGCGACCAAAAGCAGGCGGAACCUCUAGUGGUGUUAGCUGUCGAAGAAGGCAAAGUGAGAACCACAGACGAGCCAAAGACAGCUCCCAACCCUGUGACGAAGCAGACGAGGAUGUCAGAAGAUGUGAAACAGAACGGCACGGGCAAGAAAAAACGGAAAAGGGUGUCAAAGAAGAAUUCAAACGUGCCAGUCACUGGCCCAGUUACCAAGAAGAACGUGGCAGAAGUGCUGCGGGUAUCAGUCAACAGGCUCAUGGCCUACGGCCUGAAUCCGAAGAAAGUCCACAAGCAGAUGAUUUAUGGCGGGAAAAAAAGACAACCUGACGAAGAAAAGCCGAAGGCAGCGCCUUCUACAACUGCGGAAGCAAAGAAACAGAAAAGAAGAAAGAAGCGCAAAAAUGUAAGUGCUAGAACCAGCGACCAAAACCAGGUGGGAUCUACCAAGGCAGCAGUUGUUGAAGGUGCCAAUGAAAGCAAAGUGGGAGCUGCCGAGAAGCUGAAGAAACAAUCUGAUAAAAAUCCCAACCCUCGAAAGAAGCAGAAGCUAACGUUACAGAAGAGCACAACAAAAACGGCACGUAACAGAAACUAAAAACGCUGCGAGGAGGAAUUCAGAUUCUUCAGUCUAUACAGUGAACAGAGCCCAUUCUCCAAGAACAUGCAAUAGCGCUGCAGGUAUCGGGCAGAGCUUACAGCCUCAACGUGAAGGAAGUACACAGGCGGACUUACGGUGGACAGAAAGCAGCAGUGGUGGGACCAGUGCUGUUUUCGAGGAUUUUGUGACAAUAAAUGAGACUUAAAUUACACUGACA